AAGCAGACAGGCAGGCUCGUUUCCCCUCUCCAUACCUAUUCGAUAACUUCCCCAGCUACGAGGAAGAGAAUUUACCCUCGCGGCCCCGCGAUGAAGUCAAGAAUGAAAGAGCUGACAACCGAUAUACUUUGACACCAAAGUUACAAAGUUCGAUGCGAAGAGACGCGGAGGUUGAAUCCAGGAUGGCAAAUUCCAUGAGAAACGUGCGUUCUCAGUCAUAUGGGCGCCAACGUACUUCUCCAGCCCGCAUGCCGCUUGCAGCCGAUCCCACGCUGCAGUAUUUAGCACGACGGGAUCUCGUCACUUCGGGACUGUACCAGUUUGACGAUAAACCCGAAAAUUACCGUGCUUGGCUCUCCACAUUCACCAACGUGAUUGACGGGGUCCAGCUCAGUGCAACCCAAAGGUUGGACCUUAUGGCGAAAUGGCUGGGGAAAGAAUCACGCGACCAGGUGAGACGCAUGCGUUCAGUGUACAUCAACAAACCUGAGCUAGCCUUAAGCGAAGCGUGGGAGAGACUUUGGGAGAGAUAUGGGUCCCCCGACAUUAUUGAAGGGGCGCUAUAUCGACGUCUGGAAAACUUUCCUAAGGUGUCAGCCAAAGAUCACUUUAAGUUAAGAGAAUUCGGAGAUUUACUCAUGGAGAUCCGAGGCGCCAAAGAAGAUGGCUAUUCAGCUGGUUUAGUAUUCCUAGAUACUCCAUCCGGGAUUAGACCAAUUGUGGACAAACUUCCAUUUGGGCUGCAGGACAAGUGGCUGACUGUUGCCUCAGAGUACAAGGAAGACCACGAUGGUCGAUUUCCUCCCUUUGAGCUCCUCACUAGGUUUGUGUGCAAGGAGGCGAAGAGGCGAAACGACCCUAGCCUUGUAGGUCCAGGAAGCAGUUCGAUUUACACCAAGCCAGGCAGAUCCGUUUCGAAUGUUUUCAACAUUGAUAAACCCGUGUCAGUGCUCAAGACCGAAGCCCUUACGACUAACAACGACCCUGGCAAGUAUUGUCCAUUGCAUAACAAACCUCACCCCCUGAAAGCGUGCAGAAUGUUUAGGGAAAAACCCCUUGAAGAGAGGACGGCUCUUCUCAAGGAGGAAAGAAUAUGUUUUAGAUGCUGUUCCUCAACCUCUCACCUCGCCAGAGAGUGUACGAUCGCCGUGAAGUGUCCGGAAUGUGGCAGCCCAGAUCACGUCGAGGCCAUGCAUCCCGACCUGUCACCACAAACCGAGAGCGCUCCUUCACCCCCACAACAGGACGGCGGGGAGGGAGAGGCUCACUCUAGGUCAAUAGCUGUCAGCACGAACUGUACAGAAGUUUGCGGUCAAGCUCAGUCAAGUCGUUCUUGCUCCAAGAUCUGCCUCACUAAGGUGUACCCUAAAGGAGCCAAAGACAAGGCCAUCAAAGCCUAUGUGAUUCUGGACGAUCAGAGCAAUCGUUCACUAGUCAGUCCAGAGUUCUUUAAAUUGUUCAACAUUGAGAGUGAGCGGUUCCCAUACUACCUCAAAACUUGCUCAGGCAACAUGAAAACCCAAGGAAGGAAGGCAGAAGGCAUCCAGAUCGAGUCCCUGGAUGGUAAAGUCGUCAUCUGUCUCCCUCCGCUCUUAGAGUGCAAUGAAAUCAUGAAUAACCGCGCUGGGAUCCCGACACCAAGUGCGGUGCUACACCAGCCGCAUCUCCACCACAUCGCCAAACACAUCCCAGAACUGGAUCCGAAAGCGGAAAUACUCCUGCUAUUAGGAAGAGAUGUUAUCCAGGUACACAAGGUUAGGCAGCAGAUCAAUGGACCACUCAACGCCCCCUUCGCGCAACGUCUGGAUCUGGGCUGGGUGGUGAUAGGAGAGGUGUGUCUCGGUGACGUACACAAACCGACGGUCGGCACACUCAAGACCAAUGUGCUAGAGAGUGGCCGCCAUUCGAUCUUUCAACCCUGCCCGAGUGUCCCGUGCAUCAAGGAAGCACAACAAGGCGUUAACAAGCGCGAGGCAAGCGACGAGUCGCUGGGCCAGUCAGUCUUCGCUCUAACGAAGUAUGACAACAAACUUGCACAAUCAGCUCAAGAUACCAUUUCUUUAAAAACCAAAGACACCAAGGUCUUCAGAGAUGAAGCAAAUAAUGGGGUUGCCCCAUUGCCUAUCAGAGAACCAUGCCAGCGCUCACCAGAUAACAAAGAGCAGGCAGUCAAACGGUUCACGUCCUUACGGAAAACCUGGAAAAGGAAACCUGAGAUACAGCAACGCACCCGAUUGGCCCACGAGGUACUGUGCACCCUAAUGGCAGAGGUCACAGCCAUUAUAAACGCACAAUCAUUCCUACCUGUGUCUUCUGACCCAGAAAACCCCUUUAUACUUUCGCCAUCAAUGCUCCUUACACAGAAGGCAGGGGCACCUCCUCCACCAGGAGACUUUUCAGACAGGGAUCUGUACACAAAGCAAUGGAGACAAGUCCAGGCUCUGGCAAAUCAGUUCUGGUCCCGCUGGAGACAGAAAUAUCUACACUCGUUGCAACAGAGACGAAAGUGGACAGAACCCCGUAGGAAUCUUCAAGUUGGAGACUUAGUCCUGCUCAGGGACAAGCAAGCCACCCGCAACAGCUGGCCAACGGCCAGAAUCACUGCUACAUUCCCUAGCGGGGAUGGACAUGUCAGGAAGAUCGAAUUGAAGACUACCAACCAAGGCGAUGUGAAAAUUUACCAAAGGCCAGUUACAGAAGUUAUUCUACUUCUACCCAAUGACUGAUUAAGAGACUAAGUUUUGUACUCUGCUCAUUGUGACCUUACGAAGGUCAAGCGGGGAGUGUGCUGUCUUUACGACAGUUAUUUAGUUUAUAAUAUUUUCGCUUAGUAAUUCAUUCAAUAGUAUUUUCUAGUUAGAAUUAUAAGUGUUUAAAGUGUAUUCAUUGCAUGUAAAAUAUAUCGGCAUGCGAUGACGUCACAUCCGGUUUCGCCGCGUCUUGUGGGAAAACACCGGUUUGAAAUUAGCGCGAGGGUGGGGGCUUUCCACGAGGCUCACCUGAGCACAAGCAGUUUUGCAGGCAUGAGAAAUCACAGUGAGAGCAACGCUUUUUCACCAUAUGUUAAUGUGAAGAGUGAACAGUAAAUGGUUAAUCUUACUGCAAUCUGGUUCUUAUUAACUGUGGUUUAUCCGGACGUU